AUGGAGAGCGUGCUGCAGUUCUCGGUGUUGGUGUGGAAGAACAUGUAUCUUCGACGCCUGCGAGUGCGCCCGAUCGCCUUCGUAGUCGAGAUUCUCAUGGUGACCGUGCCGUUCAUCAAGAUCCAGAACGAGCGAGGCCUCGGCGGCAACGACGCCGUUGUCAGCAGCAUCAUCUACCCCGUGUACACGCCGGACUUAACAGACCUCACGCUAGACACCGUUUUCUAUGGACCCGUGAACAACUAUUCGCGCCGCAUCAUUAAUGCAGUCCGCAGGAAGCUGCCUGGGGUCGCGAUUAAGGCGAUGGCGGACGAAGUGGAAAUGGCUCAGUUGCUCUUCUCGAAGAACGUGACGCCCAACACGGUCGGUCUGUACUUCCACACGGAAUCGCUAGGUGACGACAUUCCUCACGACCUGACGUACACCAUCAUGUUCUCUAGCGGCGUGUACGAGAUUACCAAAGCACGCAAGGAGGUCAGGGAGAACGGGCCCUCCCAGCUUGAAGACACCAAAUCAAACGGUCCCUACGGACUGGCCUUCAUCUUCCGCACGAACCCGACUCUCGUCUUCACGGCCAUGCUGAUCUUCAACUCGGCGUACAUCAUCAUUGGUCUCUUCACCUCGCUCUUCUUCGACACACCGAGUCUCGGCCUGGCGUGUGGUCUGAUCCUGUGGACGGUGUCGCUGCUGGGUCCCUUCCUGUCGCUGGAGUGGUCUGCCCGCACGGUGUCCGCCUACAUCUCGACCAAGAGCAGCUCCAAGUUAUCCGCCUCUGUGAUCCCCAUACAUGGCCUGUACUUCUUCUUUCGCAUCGUCGAGUUCUACGAGUCGUACGACGUGCCGUUCGGCUGGCCCGCCAUCUACCGGAAGGCUCUGGGUAGGGACAACGUGACCCCGUUCACCCUCAUGCUGUGCAUGGGUGCCAGCGCCUUCGUGUUCUCUCUGGGCAUCUGGUAUCUGGAGGCCGUGCUACCAUGGACCAACGUCGUGCCUCUACCACUGCACUUCCCCUUCAUGGCAAGCUACUGGAACGUGGUCGUGGAGGAGGUCAAAGUGGCGGGUAGCCAGGAGAGCAGUAACUCGCAGGAAGAAGGUCACGAGAAUUUCGAGGAGGAACCGCGUCAUCUCCUGCUUGUGCUUGAGGUGAUCGAUCUGUGCAAGGUCUACCGAAAGAAGUUCGCGGUGGACCAUCUGAACAUGCGGCUUUACUAUGGCCAGAUCUUCGUACUGUUGGGGCACAAUGGCGCGGGCAAGUCUACCAUUUGUAACAUGCUCUCCGGGCUUUUGAGGCCGACGUACGGCACGGCCAUCAUUGAAGGGUUUGACCUGAUCAAGAACCACGACGACGCGCUGGAGAACGUGCGUGUUUGCCCUCAGAGGAACAUGCUAUACGAUGAGCUGACCGUCUACGAACACCUCUACUUUUUCGCCAUCAUUCAACGCAUCUCCACCGACACCAUCGCCGAGCAGGUCGAGAUUAUAAUAAAGUCGCUUCACUUCGGGCCGCACAUAAACAGCUUCCCCCGGGCACUUCCUCAAGGAUUCAGGAGGAAGCUCUGCAUAGCGAUUACUGUCAUCGCCGAUCCAAAGGUGCUCAUUCUGGACGAGCCGACGGCUGGUCUGGACCCGCAGAGCCGUAAUGAGGUUUGGGACCUGCUGCAGAAGAUGAGGCGCACGUGCACCAUGCUACUGACCACGCACGACAUGGAGGAGGCGGACGUCGUGGGCGACCGAAUCGCCAUCCUGGCCGAAGGAACGAUACGUUGUUGCGGAUCGUCGCAGUUCCUCAAGCAUCGAUUCGGCACGGGUUAUCACCUGGAUAUCGUCAAGCGGCCGCGACGAUGUGACGUGGGAGGCGUCAUAAUGGUAGUGAAAACGUACGUACCCACUGUCCAGCUGGUGUCCGAAAGCACCGAAAUACUGCGACUGUCUCUCGGAGUGACCUCGUCCGAAGGAUUCGUGGACAUGUUCAAGGUUCUCGAGCGCUUUCGUAAGAAGCUCGGUGUAGCGAUGAUGAGCGUCUCCGUCACCACCAUGGAAGACGUCUACCUCAGAAUUGCGGACGAGCUGAUAGAGGAGCAGGCGGACAUGCUGACGUCCGGCGGCCAGAAGCAAACGCAGGAGCCCGUGGACAUCAAAGCGCUGCGCGAAAAGUGCGAGGGCUGCGUGUGGCGUAAAUCGUCGCUGCAGGCGCUGCUGGCGCUGCUCCGCAAACGCAUCCAGUUCGCCCGCCAUCAGUGGAUGCUGCCGGUGCUGGGAAUCGUCGCGCCAGCAUUGCUGCUCGCCCUGCAGGGAAUCCGCGAAAGAGGAAAGGCCACGACCACAGAAGUAGUGAAGGACGUGUACCCUUACGACCUCAAAGUGAUGUACAACUUCAGCAUCGCCUCCGUGAUCACGGCCGAUGAGGAGUCCGUGCUGGUGUCUCAGUACUACCGCCAGUACCUCGAGCAAAAAGGGCUCCCCUGUGCACGAGUGCGCGACAUCACGGAUUAUCUCCUGGAGGUGGGCUCUCGCAGCAUGGAGGAAUACGCGCAGCACGCGGUGGGCGGUAGCUUCUUCCUCAUUGGCAAGAAAGCGCAAGGCAGCAAGACGCAAGCGGGGGAGUCGUCCAGCUGGGAGUCUCUAAAGAUUACGAAGACCUUCUACAAGGACCCCAUGGACAGUGAGAUACCGUACAGCGGUGAGCUGUACCACAGCGCUAUUAUCGCGCUGAACCUGGUUCACACGUCGCUCCUGCGCUGGACCGUCGGCGAUGACACGGCGUCCAUCAAGCUCCGCGUGCGGCCCCAGAAGCAGCUGGAGGAGGCAAUCGCCUACGACCCGGAUUCGCCCGAUGUCAUCCAGCGGCAUUUGGAGCGCUUCACGCUCGGAGCGAUGUCGGUGGCCAUGAUGACCGCCGCGUGCGGCCUGUUCCCCGUUGUGGACCGUAGGAGCGGCUUUCGCCAGCUACAGAUGCUCACGGGCCUCCCUCUCCGCAUCUAUUGGCUGGCGAACUUCAUGUUCGACCUGUUCGUCUACUUGCUGUCCUGCGGCAGCUUCUUCUCCGCCAUGUUCUACUACUACGGCACCUUUUUCAUCGAGAUGAUGACACUCAUCGUGUUUAUUUUCGUGUGCUACGGCUUCUGUGCUGUGCCGAUGUCCUACCUUCUGACCCUGGCUGCGGACACUCCAACCACAGGCUACGCUCUUGUCCUGCUCGCGAGUUUCUUUGGAGCGUUCAUGCAGAGCGGCACAAUCGCCUUCGGACUGUUGCGGGCGGCGGCCGGCGUCAGAUUCGUUUUGCUGAACGUUCUCCCCGUUCUGCGCCUGAUGCCGUCCUACGCCCUAAUGUCGGCCAUCGGCAAGACCGUGUCCAAGAGCCAAAUCGCCUAUAUCUGCAGUCGAGGAACCGUUGACUCCUACAGGCGCAUCUGCGUGGAGCCCGUGGGUGGCUUCAGCGUGGCGGCGCAGGAGGAGCGCACCAACAACGAGGACUUUGUGGAGUACUGCUGUCCACAGUUCCUCGCGCUGGGAGCCACGCGACUGCCAGACUACACCCCUAGCAUUUCGGACGUCCCCGAGGCAUUUUUCAUGCUGUUCGAGGGCAUGGCGUUCGCCUUGCUUCUCCUUUACCUCGACGGUGGCGGCAUUGAUCACAUACGGGAACUCUUCGCGCCACAGGCGAGUGCUGGCAGGAAGGCAGUGUUCAGUCAAAAGGGACCUGACCGGGUAGUGCCAGACCACAAAGUGAGGGACGACGAUGUGGAGGCCGAGGAGAGUCGCGUACGCAACGAAGUACUCAUCGGCAAGCUGGGGAAGGACGUCCUAGCCGUCCUGGAGUUCUGUAAGAGGUACCGAAAGCGGCUGGCCGUCAAUGGCGUCUCGUUCGGGCUCGGCGAGGGAGAGGUGUUGGCCCUGCUCGGAGUAUCCGGCUCGGGCAAGAGCACUCUACUGCGCAUGAUCGCCACCGAAGUGCCCCAUGAUCGAGGCCGAGCGCUGAUGAAGACUCCGACCGGACAUAUCGCGAUCCGCAGCGGACGCCGUCGCUGGCGGGCAGGCCUGGGUUACUGUCCACAGAACGACGGGCUGAUCGAGGAGCUGACGGGCUCCGAGACCCUGGCACUGUUCGCCAGGCUGCGAGGUGUGCCGGAGUACCGUGUGGCUUCCGUGACUGGAGACAUUGCGCGCCUAGUGGGACUGGAGACGGUCAUUGAGGAAUAUGUCGCUGCGUACAGCGCUGGGAUGCGGCGACGUCUUUCCGUUGCCGUGGCGCUGGUUGGAUUGCCGCCCCUGGUGCUUCUCGACGAGCCGACGGUUGGCGUGGACGUGUCCUCACGCAGGAUAUUUUGGGACGCGCUGCGCGGACUGCAGAACGUGGCUGGCAUAUCGGUGGUCAUAACGACUGGAAGGGUUUCCUGGAGUACCACAUGGCCAACACGGGACUGCUGUGGAGUGACCUGUUCGCUCACGCCGAGGCGAUCAAGCAAAAGUACAACGUCCUCGAACUGCUCAUCAGCGACACUACCCUGGACCACGUGUACGCGGCCCUCGCGAGGUGGGAGCGCGGUCGCCCUCACAGGAUGGGUGACGCCGAUUCGGGCGAGAAGGAAGAGAAGGACGAAAAGCAAUAACUCCACUCGCAGCUGCUCGCUGACAAGCUUUAUCCGCAAGUGGUGUGGAGACCGCCUGAAAAGGCAGUAAGGGCAACGGAAGGACACAACUGUGCCCGUGUGUUUUGGAUCUGAAACGUAUUAGCGACGUUGUGUACUCGUUAGGGUGUACAUCGAUUAGUACACCGCGAAAUCGUCGGACUUCUUAUAUCCGGGUUUAGUGCUCACUUCUCUAUCUUGUUCAUUUUGCGAAUUGUGUUUGUCCUCGUUGAUAUUUGUGCGGCGCUUUGCUUGAAAAGCGACUGCCGUUUUAAUACAUCAGUUUGAAAUUAUCUCCAUGAUGACCUGCUAGCGUAACUACUUGUCCCGGGUGAGUUGAGGUCGUGU